AACAUUUUGCACAAAAAUAGCUACAGAUAUGUACAAAAAACCCAGACUUCACUCUGUAUCGAUAACGUCAUCGGCCAACCCACGUCUCAUUGGAUCUAACGUUGUUUCAGAGGUUUCCCGCGCUACACUCAGCGUCAAACGCCAAGCUAAACCUGUGAAUUGACGGCAACAAAGUGAAUAACCUCUACUUAUCCGUACACUAGCAGCUUUAAUUUGAUCAAAAUGCCGUCCUCAGACUACGAUCCGGCUUGUCUGCCAGACUUAUUACCGCUCUACUACCGUCGGCUGUUUCCUUUCUCCCAAUAUUACCGGUGGCUGAACUACGGUGGAGUGCAGAAGAACUACUUUCAGAACAGAGAGUUCUCCUUCACCCUUAAAGAUGACAUCUAUGUGCGCUACCAGUCAUUCAGCACGCAGAAUGAGCUGGAGAAGGAAAUGCAGAAGAUGAACCCUUACAAGAUUGACAUUGGAGCAGUGUACAGUCACCGGCCUAAUCAACAUAACACCCUGAAGUCCGGCAGCUUCCAGGCUCUGGAGAAGGAGCUCGUGUUUGAUAUCGAUAUGACGGAUUACGACGAUGUUCGGAGCUGCUGCAGUGCUGCAGAGAUUUGCUCCAAAUGCUGGACGUUGAUGACCAUCGCUAUUAAAAUUUUGGACAGAGCUCUUCGAGACGACUUUGGAUUUCAGCACCUGCUGUGGGUUUAUUCUGGCAGAAGAGGGGUGCAUUGUUGGGUGUGUGAUGAGGCUGCUAGGAAGCUCUCUGCGGCCGCUCGCUCUGCUGUAGCUGAAUACCUCAGCUUGGUAAAGGGUGGUGAGGAGACGGUGAAGAAAGUAGUGCUGACAGAUCCAAUUCACCCUUUUAUCAGAGAAUCACUGACAGUGGUGGAGAAGUACUUUCCACAAUAUGCACUAGAGGACCAGGACAUACUGGGCAGCAAGGAGUCUAUGGACAAAGUGCUCUCUCUUGUGCCAAUGGAUAUCCUUUCACACUGUGCUGCAUGA